AGCACGACCUCACCUCACUCCGUACAACAGAGAGAGAGCGCAGCAAUGGCACCGAAGAGCCUUGUCCUCGCCGCUCUCCUCCUCGUCGUCGCCACCGUCGUCGGCCAGGCGCCGCGCGGUGCGGAGGCGGGCACGAGCGCCAGCACCAAUGUCCUCAUCUCCGGCAUAGUGCCAUGCGGCACAGGGAGCUCCAUCAACGUGGCGACGGUCCCGGUGUUCCCCAACGCCGGCCUGCAGCUCGUGUGCGGCAGCAAGGUGGUGGCCGGCGCGACGGCGGACGGCACCGGGGCCUUCCUCAUCAACCUGGGCAUUGUCGCCCCGGAUCAGCUCACCGCCUUGCUGAGCAACCAGUGCAAGGUGGUCGUGAUCACCCCGCUGGGCGCGUGCAAUGCUUCUCUGGCUGGCGCCACCGGGACGCUGACGGCGCCGGUGAAGCUCCUGGGCACUGCCACUGGCAGCAGCGGCAGCGGCGACCCCCUCAGUGGGAUCAUCGGCCUCAUUGGCCAAAUCAUCGGCGGGCUCCUCGGCGGCAUCCUCAACCUCGUCACCCAGAACUUCUCCCUCGUCUAGAGCUGCAAGCUGGCCGUGUCCAUCGACGAUGACAAGGGAUUUCAAAUAGCUAAGCAUAAAUCAAUACGAAUAGCAAUGGGCCUAAUAGUGGUCAGUUGCCCUGCUUUACUUUCUGUCGCCACAUCACACAUGUGUCUAAUUACCUACCCGUACCAUGCAUGCUUUUAAGAAGCACGUAUAUGUAUUGUGUGUUGCUCUAUAUAUGUUGUCUCGUCGCCUGUUUGUGAAAAAUAAAGGUCUGUUAUGCGUGUGAUUA